AUGGGAGCUGGAACCCUCAAUGCCUAUCCCGACAUUGCUGUGCGAGCAGGUGUCGAGGGCUUGGUUGUCUACGGUCUCUCUUCUGCCCUCCCCAUGAUGCUUUUCGCCGGAGUAGGCCCCAUUGUCCGAAAAGCAUGCCCCGAUGGCUUUGUGCUCACAGAAUGGACCCGACUAAGAUACGGCUGGCUCACUUCCUUCUACCUCACCUGUCUCACCAUUGGAACAAUGUAUCUGUAUAUGGUUGCUGAGCUGGCUGCUGUGCAGGCUGCAAUUGAGACACUUACUGGAAUUGAUGCUCUGCCCGUCCUGAUUGUUGAGGCUGUGUUCACCUCCAUCUACACUGCUGUCGGAGGUUUCCACACAUCUUUCUUCACAGACAACUUCCAGGGAGGAAUGAUGUUGGUGCUCAUGGUAAUUGUUUGUGUUGGUCUGGGAGUCUACUUCCACGUUGAUCCUUCUGAACCCGCCAAAUCCGGUAUGCUGGGCCCGAACCUGCUCGCUAACAAGCUCAUCUACAUUCUUCCUGUUGCCAUUGCUACCAACGAUUGCUUCUUAAGUGGUUUCUGGAUGCGAACUUUUGCUUCAAAGAACAAUGUUGAGCUAUUCUGGGCCUGCGCUAUUGCCAGCUCUAUCGUUCUUAUUGUUCUGACCGUUGUUGGUCUUACUGGCUUGCUUGCUGUCUGGGCUAAGCUUGAGAUUGAUGGACAGGUCUUUGUGUACGGAGACGAGCGAUCUGCUCUCGCUUUCUUCUACGUUCUCAAGGAGAUGCCUGGGUGGGUGAUUGGGUUCACCGUUGCAUUUGUCCUGUCUCUCUCCGUCGCUUCUUAUGACUCCUCUCAGUCUGCGAUGGCUUCCACUAUCUCCAACGACUUCUUCCGAAACAAGAUUCCCAUGGUCUGGGUGCGUCUUAUUGUGCUGUGCAUCAACGCCCCCGUCAUCGUGGUUGCCCUCAAAGCCCCCAACGUUCUGAACAUUUUCCUGAUUGCCGAUCUUUUCUCGGCAGCCGUUAUCCCCAUUAUGUUCUGUGGUCUUUCCAAGCGAAUGUACUUUAUUUCUGGCUGGGAGGUCAUCGGAGGCGGUUUCGGAGGUAUGCUUACAGUAUUCAUUUUCGGAUCCAUCUACUUCAAGAGUGCCCGAGAGGGUAUCAAGCUGAUUAUUCUAUUGGAGGGUCUAUACGGGGAUGACUGGUCUGCUUUUGGAGCCUUUGUGGCCGCACCUGUAGGCUCUCUUCUCUGGGGUUUCGGAAUUCUUACUGUUCGUCUGACAGUUCUUAAGAUCUACUCGCUCAUCACUGGCAAGCCUUUCACUGCCCUUGACAAGCCUUCAGAUGAUAAGACCGGUAUUGCUGUCAUUCGGGAGAUUGGCCAUGUUGAAGAUGACAAUACCUCGGAGUCCAUCAUUCUCGACCGAAAGGACCCCAACAUUCUCACCGAGACACACAUUCUCAAGGAGCAGCCUACAGUCAAGGAGGAGUCGUAUGAGGCGUAG